AUACCAUAGCAUCGGGCAAACAUCUCCUUUGGAGUUAGAGCCUCCAUGCAUCUCGUGAACCCCGGGGUAGGAGAGGCAAAGUCUGGGGUAGACUAUGUGGGUGUCGGAACGGGUGUGGGGCAAUGAAGGAUGGGGUAGGAGAUGAGUUCUGGUAUAUGAGACUUGAGUCCCUCAUCCUUGUUUGUGUUCAACAUCUCUUCUGUCCUUUUUCGCUAGGAUCAGUCGACCUCAACAGCUCAGAGCCUCUCUUCCAUCUCUAACUCAUUUCAUCCUCACUCAACCUCUCAAUACUCCAACUACCUCCACAUCACCAUGUCUCUCAUCGACGAGAAGGUCGGCAUCACCGAGAUCGAGCGCGUCGACUCGGCUGAGUCGAAUCUCAACAAUGACCGCAUCAACACAUUCACACCUGAGGAGCAGAAAAAGAUCAUCCGCAAGGUCGAUCUUCGUCUGAUCCCCACCCUCGGCUUCAUGUACUGUGUUUCCUUGAUGGACAGGACCAACCUGGGUGUUGCCAUGGUUGCUGGCAUGGGUGCCGAUCUCAAGCUCAACGGUGAGCGCUACAGCAUCAUCGUCCUGCUGUUCUUCAUCACAUAUGUCGCUCUGCAGCCUCCUGCUACCGUCGUCCUGCGCAAGCUUGGCCCUCGCAUCUUCCUCCCGUCGAUCGUGGUCAUCUGGGGAGCAGUCAUGAGUGGCUUUGGUUUCGUCAAAGAGUGGCAUACUCUUAUUCCGCUUCGUCUCCUGCUCGGUAUCUUCGAGGCUGGGUUCUUCCCUGGCUCCGCCUACCUCCUGUCCUGCUGGUACCAGCGAUUCGAGCUCCAGAAGCGCAACACCGUCUUCUUCCUCAUUGGCAUGCUGUCGUCUGCCUUCUCCGGGAUUCUUGGCUACCUCUUCUCCCUUCUUCAAGGCCACGGUGUCCAGGCUGCUCCCUGGCUCGGUGUUCACUACGGUCCCACCAAGGCCAAGCCCACCACCCCCGUCUCCUUCGGCCCUGGUCUUAGUGGCUGGCGCUGGAUCUUUAUCCUCCAAGGUGUCAUUACAGUCGUCAUCGGCUUGAUCGGAUGGUACUUUAUCGUCGACUUCCCCGAGCUCGCCCACAAGCCUGGCAUGGGUAAGAAGUUCCUCAACAAGGCCGAGGUCGAAUUCAUCGUUGCCCGCAUCGAGAAGGAUCGCCACGACGCUCUGCCUGAGGAGUUUAACCUGAAGAAGUACCUCACCAACGCGCUUGACCUUAAGGUCUGGGGCUUUGCUGCGAUCUUCAUGCUCACUACCACCAUCACCUACGCCAUCGCCUACUUCCUCCCCAUUAUCCUCAAGGACGGUAUGGGCUUCAGCACCGCUGCAUCUAACUGUCUCAUCGCACCUCCCUACAUCUUCGCUGGCUUCGUCAUGAUGGGCUUCGCAUGGGCAGGUGACAAAUAUCAUGUAAGAUCACCAUGGGUCAUCGCCAACGGUGUUCUCGCCCUCAUUGGUCUCCCUAUGAUCGGGUUCUCCAACAACGUCGGCGUCCGCUACACCGGAGUCUUCCUCGCGACCGCUGCCGCCAACGCCAACGUCCCCGCCGUCCUUACGUGGCAGGCAAACAACAUCCGUGGCCAGUGGAAGCGCGCUCUUUGCUCUGCCACUCUCGUCGGUGCUGGUGGUAUUGGUGGAAUCAUCGGUGGCACUGUCUUCCGCACUCAGGACACGCCCCACUACGUCCCUGGCAUCACUGCUUGCAUGAUCGCUGCUGGUCUUAUUGUCGUUAUCUCGCUCUUGAUGAAUCUGAAGUUCUGGAGGGCUAACAAGCGCGCUGAUGCUGGUGGUAAGAUUAUCGAGGGUCUUGAGGGCUUCAGGUACACGUUGUAAGCGGUUCAUGGGAUCGUUGGUAGCCAUAGCUAUCUAAUGCGGGUGUCCGCCACGAACAAUAUGUCUAUUCAAACCAAAUUUGCGUUCUGUCAUACCUUUUAAUGUGAUGUUCAAUGUUUCUAUGAUACUUUGCGUGGUCGUUACAGAUAGUCAUGUGUUCCCGGCCGCCCUGAGGAAGAAGACCGAGUACCUUCCGCACCACGUUCAGUCUACUUGAUGAGCAGAUAGGAACAGAUGUAGGCAUCAGGGUGCCGGGUUGGGUCGGCACAUGACUGGCAGAAAAGGAUGCAGUUCUCAAUCCAGGCCGAAGACUCACUGUCCAAGAUCAUCACGGGAGUGUAUGCAACAUGUUUGACUUCGAAUUAGUUGAUUACUUGACUAAGUACGGUGCAUGAAAUUUUCCACUUCGUCAUCCACCCCCAGAAGUAUUAUUAUGGUAGAAAGGAA